AAUAUGACCUCAUUACUGACCCACUCGCAUCUUGUCCCUCGUUAGUUCAGUUUAUAAUUAACAUCGAAAUAAACAAGUCGUGAUGUUUCUUAAAAUUUUAUACGUAUUUACCGCCUUUUUGUGUGUCGCACACGCGAAGAGUGUUAUGGUCGGCCAUGUUUAUAGCCAGGGAGGUAUAAAUAAAGUUUACGAGAAAACAGUGGAGACGACUGGCAUACCGUUGAUUAAGAGGGUCGAAGAAGUGUACUUCGAGUAUCCCCUGGGAGAUCAGAGGAUUAAAGGUAUCGCUAUAAAGGAUCUAGACAACGGUCUGGCAGAGCCGUCUAUAAACCGUGGCGGGCUUGGCUUCAAUUUCGUCAACAUCAAACUGAAGAGUGAGAGGGGCUCAGGGUUCAGGUUCCUCAUAGAGAUAUACGCGUGAUCCUAGUGGACAUGAGUGAAUUGUUGUGGCUGUUAGUAUUUUUAAAUUAAAGUAUCACAAGUAA